AACAAUAGGAACAACAAGUGUUUUGCCGAGAUAAAGCAUAUCAGCCGCGGAGUCAUAUUUUGCGAACAGCUGCCAGGCGAGAGAUUAAAGGAAAAGGAAAAUCAAUCAGUUUCGGAUUGUUGUACUUUGCUCCCAAUUCGUGCAUACAUAUCUUGCCCAUCAGCGUGAGCUUGCAAGAAUCUGUCAUUCUAUUUGUAUCCGUGCAUAUUUUCCUAUAGCAGGCAUCAGCAGCCGUGGUGAAAUCGGGGAUAUAUAGUAGAAUAUGGCCGGCCGAUCCAUCGCGCACUUUCUGUUCGGCUCCCUGGCCAUUGCCUUGGGCUCGUACGUCUACCUCACCAUGCAAAUCGAUAUGUCUGCAAACGGAGAUUACAAGAACGCCGCCUCGAUCUACGAGUUUACCGUGAAGGACACUCAUGGCAACGAUGUCUCCCUGGACAAGUACAAGGGCAAGGUGCUGCUGGUGGUGAACAUUGCCUCCAAAUGUGGCCUGACCAAGAACAACUACCAGAAGCUUACGGAUCUGAAGGAGAAGUACGGUGAAUCCGGUUUGGUCAUCCUGAACUUCCCCUGCAAUCAGUUUGGAUCGCAGAUGCCGGAAGCCGAUGGCGAGGCCAUGGUGUGCCAUUUGCGUGACUCCAAGGCCGACAUCGGUGAAGUUUUCGCCAAGGUCGAUGUGAAUGGCGAUAAUGCCGCCCCGUUGUACAAGUACCUAAAGGCUAAGCAGACCGGUACUCUGGGCAGUGGGAUCAAGUGGAACUUCACCAAGUUCCUGGUGAACAAGGAGGGUAUUCCCAUUAACCGCUAUGCCCCAACCACCGAUCCCAUGGACAUAGCCAAGGAUAUUGAGAAGCUGCUGUAGACUAUCUACCGCCGUUAGCUGGUUAAGCUGUCUUAUUAUGCCUGAGACUGUGUUUAUCGCGUAGCUUGUAGCUUGUAACCAAUGUCAGUUCACCAGUAGUACUGUUGUGGACUGGCCACAUGCACCGCAUGUUAUAUUGUAUACUAUUGUCUACUCUAUUUACUGGUUUUUGACUCCCCCACAAAACAUAAAAUAAUAAACGCCUUUUUAUCCCACACA